UUCGGGUUAGGUAACACAAACAGCUGCAAUCUCAGCGUCAUUGGCGUUCGAGCAAAAUUACAUUCGGAAGACGAGGUACAAAGCACGGGCAAACUCGAAGUCCCGCGACGCUUAAGUUUGUUCAAAACCAACUCCUGCCCGCUAAUUUACGUGAACGAUCGACGACUUUCCAUCAAAAGCAUCGAAAAUUUGCGCGAAGACAAGGACAAAUUGGUGCGCGAUUGGCUUGCGUCGCAAGAAAAACAUCUUCAAAAGUCCCCGCAGAGCAUAAAAAGUCUUCAAAGCUCGCCAAAAAAGCGAAUUAAAAGCGGAAAAAGCUCCGUUUCGGCGAAAAAUUCACGCGAAAGCCUCGCCUUGGCAGAAGUUUUCCCGGGAUUGACGAGAGACGAACUCGAACCUGACGAAGAAUCGCUCGACGAGUUCUUCGGAAGUAAAAAUAGCAGUUCUUGACGCCCGAAAAUCGAGUAUAAGCCUGUCACGAAAGUCUCGCCAUCGCCGAAAAAAUUGAAAAAAUCAAAAAUGCCGGAAAAACCUGUGUGUCGCGCGUGCCUUAAAACCUCAUUUCGCCUGAAAAAAGUCACGAAUGUCGAUAAAAAGCUCUCGAUGACAAUUCAAACUUCAUAUUCGCUCCUCACGGGCAUCAAUUGCGCCGAAAACGACCAAAUCUGCCCAAAAUGCCUCAAAAUGUUGGUAAAAUGUUCGAAAUUCAUCGAAAAAUGCGAAGAAGCUGAUGCCAAGCUACUACAAGAAGCCAUGAAUUCUGAUACGGAUUUUUUCGAUGACUCAACGACGACGGAGGAAGUCACGGAAGAGCCAACGGAUCAAAGUUGUGAAGAGCCACAAACGCAAAAUAUCGAAGAAGAAAUCUCGAGUUUGUGUUCUGAAGCAGGAAGUACGGAGGAAACGUCGAAAGUGAUGGAAACUGAAGUCACGGUUCACUCAGCGAGCAGUAAAAGUGUCAAAUUUCACGAAAAUUUGGAGGAAGUGUACGAAUCUGACUUUGAGGAAUGCAGUUCGGAGACGGAAAGCUCAAAAGUGCCUCAAAAAAUGACGAAAUGGAAGCGAAAAAGACCGCGAAUUGUCAGAAGAGCCCAAAAAGACGACAGUUUAUUCCAUUUUUGUAAAGUUUGUCGAAGAACAUUUCCGGAUAGAUUUACACUUCAAAUGCAUCUCAACGGGACUUCUGUAUACAUCCCCGGAAAUCAUGCCUUCUUUGAUUUUUGAAAAAAUAACCUUAAAUACCCUUUUUGCCACGAAUUUCUUCCUUUAGAUGUCAAACAUCAACCAGUAGUGCCCAAAAAUGAAUAAAAAAAAUCACUUUGUUGUUGCACUU